AUGUUUCUAUUUGUAAUGUAAAUAAAGAUGUAAUUAAUGUCAACUUAAUUACUUUAGGCUAUAUUUUUGGUUAUUGUAUAACGUAAUGAAUUAUUCUUGGGAUAUGAGGCAAUUAAAAAGCUUUCUGAAUUUUAUGCUACCAAUUAUAAGUAAGAAAUCACAACUAAAAAAUAUUAAGAAGUAAACUUCUAUCUUACUCUUAGAUGUUACUCUUACUAGAAGAAUUUUUAUAUACUAAAGAAUUCUUACCUCAAAAAUUAUAAUUUAAUUUAUCAGUUAAAGUACCUGCCUCAUCAAAAUGCAUUGCAGAUUGUGAUCAUCUUUAAAAAUUUUCAUCACUAUAAGCAACCAUUGAAAAAAAUCUUAUUGCAAAUAUACCUUUAAAAUAUGCAAAAAAACAAUAAAUUAUCGAAAAGGAAAUAGAUAUAAUUAAUAUAUUUAUAAAACCAAUAAAUAAUGUAGAGGAAUAUUAAUCAAGUUAAGAAGAAGCCUCAUGGAAAUAAAAAUAUAAAAAAAAUCUAUAUGAUUGUGCAUUUAAAAUGAAGAGCAAAUAAGUUCAUAAAGAGAAUAUCUUUUAAAAAUAUAAGCCAUAAAAACCAAAUAUUUAGUAUAAAUAACACACCUAAAAGUAAUCUUAAUUAGUAAAUCAAUAUAAAGGUAUUAGCAGUUCUGAUAUUCAAAUCAUGAAACUUAUAUUUUAAGGAUAAAUGUAGAGAGCAGGAGUAUAAUAAGAUAAUACUAAUUAAUAAAGUAAACAAUAAUAAUCAAAGCAUUUAUAGCAAUAGUAAAGUAGAUAAAUCAAUUUAUUGGAUUAUGGAGAAAAUUUCACUUCAAUUGAGGCUCCUAAAUAAUAAGUUUAAUAAGUAUAAAGUUAAACUGAUGAAUAAUUAAAAACUAAUCAAAUUUAAGUAAAACCAAAAUAAUAAUAAAAUGCAAAUGAUCUAUUAGAUUUAGAUGAAAGACCAACAACAAAUUAAAUACAAUCAUAAAUAUAAACAAAUUCUGGACCUGAUUUAUCAUUUGUAAGUUUAUCUCCAAUUAAAUAAAAUGAACCAUAGUUGAAAAUGCUUGAGAAAAUGAUAAUAUCAUAGAAAGAUGGAAGAUUAAAAGAACUUAAAAUAUAUGGAUAGAUAGCUUUAGAGGGAGAUUUUACUGAUGAUGAUUAAUCAAAUUUAUAACUUUUGGGUUAAUAUUGGUAAGAUUAAUAUGGAUGUUCAAGAAGGAUAACACCAAAUUCUUUAGGUUUAUAAUAAUUCAAUGAAAACAGUUAUAAAAUGAUUGUAAAAAAGGCUAAUUACAAGACUCCAAAAGGAAUCCUUGAUUAUAUAAUUCCAGCAAAAGCAUUUACCUAAGAAAGGAUUCCAGUGAUAUUUUUAUAUAGAUUGGAGUGUAAAUAAUAAUUUGCGAGUUAUUGUCUUUAAUAUAAGGUAAAUGAUUAAUGGUAAGUACCAUUAUAAGAUAUUGUAAUAGAAGUGAAUUUAGAGAAAGAUUUAGAAUUUGAUGAUUUAAAAACAAUGCCAGUAGCAUAAGUUAUUAAUGAUAAAUAAAUUACUUGGAAAGUAACUAUAUCUUAUAAGAUUAGGCUAAACAAUUAUUGUAAUAAUAGAAAGGAAAAUUGAUUUUGAAUCUUACAGGUAUUAAGAAAUAAGGAUCUUAAUUUUUAAAUCAUAUAAGAAUAAGUUUUAAAGCUAAUGUAAUAGAUAAAUUUAAAUAUAGACAUCUGUUAUAGAAAAUAUGGAUAGUAUAAUGUUUUAUAAUAGCUAAGAAUACAAAUGUUAAAAAAAGUUGAUUGUGGAAUACAAGGUAUAUCCUAAUUCUUGAUAUUAUUAAAUAUAUAAAUUAAUUUUUUGAAAGAUGAGCGAAGCAUAAGCAGACCGUAUCUUAUCAAUUGCAAAUUAAGAGACAGUAAAUAGAUUAUUUAGAGUAUGCUAUAAAUAAAUUACAGGUUUGAAAUAAAUUUGACUAAUUAGGAUAAAGACCUGUAGGUAAAUUUUAAGAUAGCGAUCAUUAAGCUGUUUUGAAUUGUCAUAGGAGAAUGGUUGAAGUACUAAAAAUUGUUGCUCCUGCAAUUGUACCAUUAAGAGAAGAAUGA